AUGAACAAUUUUAAGGUAGUGAGUGCUAAAUUAGCGGCAGAAUUGGAUAAAGAAUUAAUGGGACCCAAAGUGGGUUAUACAUUACAGCAAUUAAUGGAACUAGCAGGACUGAGUGUCGCACAAGCAGUACAACAUUCGUUUCCACCUACUGCUACAAAUUCUAACAAACAUAUCUUAGUUCUUGCUGGUCCAGGUAAUAAUGGUGGCGAUGGGCUUGUAUGUGCACGCCAUUUGAAAUUAUUUGGAUAUAACCCAGUUGUCUAUUACCCAAAACGUAACGGUAGAGUUGAGUUUUAUAGUCAAUUGGUCCAUCAAUUAGAAUUCGUCCAUGUUCCACUUUUAGACGAUUCUGAUUGGUUAACUUAUUUACAACCUGAUCGCACCCUAUGCAUUGUUGAUGCUUUAUUCGGAUUUAGUUUCAAACCACCAUUACGUGAACCUUUCACUACUAUAAUGGCAGAAGUGGCGCGUGUGCAACAAAAUCUCCCAGUAGUCAGUGUUGAUGUACCUAGUGGAUGGGAUGUUGAUCAAGGACCUCCAUUAGAAGAGACUCCAGCAAGCCCAGUAUUAAACCCAAAGGUCUUGGUAUCUUUAACUGUACCCAAACCAUGCAGUUCGUUAUUGAAACCAAAUACAAUUCAUUAUAUUGGAGGACGUUUUGUACCUCGCGAUUUUGCCAACAAAUAUGGGUUCGAACCAUUUGAUUACCAAGGUGGUGAUCAAGUUCUACGUCUACAAUGA